GACUCGUCCUUCAGAUGCCCGAGACAAUUUUCAAUACCGACUAACACUCGUCUUCUCUACCCUUGAGAUACCUCCCUACCUUCAGAACAUCAGGGUUUUUCCUAGGCGUCUCUCAAACCGUAUUCGCUGCGUCAAUAUCAGCCGAAAGAAACGGCAGAGAAGCACCCAGCUUGACUUUCUGCGUUUGUUACACAAAGUGUGGUCGAUUGUAUAGCCUUGGCUGGCCCAGCCACUACCAAAAAAUGGCUGAACCGCCUCAGUCCUCGGAUUCCAAAUCGCCCGCGACGAGUUCGAUACCAGAAUCCUCAAGUCAAAAGCCUCCCGAAGCAGCUGUCGAGGAGGAUUCAGAUCCAGACUUUGACGAUCUCGACGAUGUCCUUGACCAAUUCUCCGCCGCUAGCGCCCAGCAACAGUCAAAAUCUCAGCCUCCAGAACCCGCACCUUCGGCCUCGGGUCCAGGCAGACCGUCGACCGAGAAGUCGGCCCUCCCACCAGACAUGCCCAUCCCCUCUGGUCCUCGCGCCUCGGAAACAGACGACGAAUUCAUGGCCCGGCUCACGGCUGAGAUGUCCGGCGUCCUGUCCAAGAUGUCGCUCGAUCCGGCGGCCAGCGCCGCCACACCGGACGAAAUCUCCAAGAUGGGGCGGGAGUUGGAGGAGUUCACGCAGCAGAUGGAAGCCGAGGGCAUCAAUCCGGAGGAUCUCCUGAAGGCCAUCUUGGGGGAGGAGGUCGGCGGGAAAGUCGGGGACAUGGCGCACGAGGAAGCGACGAGGAGGGACAGCGGCUCCAAGUCCAAAUCCCGCAGCCCGGAGGCCUCACGAGGAACUACCGCCGUAAAUCCUUCAGCGGCAACGGGGGCGGCGAAACAGCCCUCGACCUCGUUCGAGGAUACGAUCCGCAAGACGAUGGCGCGGAUGGAGUCGUCCUCGGCGGCGGCGACGUCGGCGACGACGAAAUCGUCGCAGCCAAAGUCGGAGGAGGAGAUGCUGGCCGAGAUGCUGCGGGCGCUCGAGGGCGAGUCCGAGUCACAGUCGGACGGCGAACUGUCCAAGAUGUUCCUGGGCAUGAUGGAGCAGCUGACCAACAAGGACAUGCUGUACGAGCCCAUGAAGGAGCUGUCGCAGAAAUUCCCGGACUACCUGGAGACGAACCGGCCCCCGCGCCUCGCGCAGGCCGAGUACGAGCGCUUCUCGCGCCAGAGCGUCAUCGUGCGCGACAUCGUCGCCAAGUUCGAGGAACCCGGCUACAGCGACAACGACCCCCAGUGCCGCGAGUUCAUCUGGGAGAAGAUGCAGGACAUGCAGACCGAGGGCUCUCCGCCGGACGCCCUCGUCGCCAACCCCUUACCAGGCAUGGGGGGGUUGUUGGGAGGCGAGGGAGCAGAGGGCCUGGACGAGAGUUGUCCGACGCAGUGAGCGCCGAGGGUGAGCGAUCUUGGGGCUCAGGCAGUGGCCAGGAUUAUGAUGGAUGGUGUCUUGGGAUGGAGAAAACGAUGGGCGCAGCGGACGUGUGGGGAAAAAAAAGGAGGUGCUGGAGUCCUCACUUCGCGAACUCAGCAUUGAGCAAAUCUGUAAUGGCCGUGAUAUCUCCACAUACACACAUGUACGACGAUCUGACGCCCGCAAAUGAACAAGCAAUGCAGCAUACACAGGAUUUCAAUGUGUUCCGAGCUAAUAACCGUAUAACGAGAGAGGACGGGACGGC